AUGACAAGCAUUCUCGAUAUCCCCGGUGACAACCCACCAAACCCGUUUCUGGUCACAUUCAGUUCCGUGUUCACUUCGACAUCUUUAGGCGCCCUGGACGAGAUAGCUGACCAGAUUGUUGAGACCGUCACGGUGUCUUCCGAUCCGAACACAAAGCUCCCCACCACGCCCGCCAAUGUCCGUUUGGGGUCCAACAUUGAAUCCUACCUUCGCAGUCAUCUCCAACGAGAUGGUAGAAUCCAUUGGUCUUUACUGCCAGGCUAUCACAGCCAGUGGCGCGAAACAUAUGAUAUUCUCGAGGCCUGGCGCGACUGGGAUGGCGUGCGGGCUUCGGGAGCCCCAAGUCUAGACUGUCCGGUCGCUACGUACUUCCUUCGCUUCUGCAACUUCUCCGCCGCCGAAUUGAAAGCUACAAACGCUGAACGUCAAGAAGCACUUACCAUGUGUGUCUUCAACGCCUGUCGCGACGUGCUUGAGCGCAGCGAAGCCAAACCUCAACAGGCUGGACCGCACAGGAUCUCGUCUGACCAGCUUUGGGCGCUGGAUGUUCGUGUCACGGCUACUUGGCUGCGAGACGGAGCGCAAACAUUGUGGGAGACAGACUCUGAAGCCUUGCGUAGAUAUUGGACUGCAGCAAUCGAGGAGGAAACGGAACUGUGGCCGCGAAAAGACGGUCUGACGAAAGAAAGAUGGCGUUUAUGGCUGGAUAGAUUACGUUCGCUCGCUACCGACCGAGAACAUUUUGACCAAAUCACAAGAGUGAUAAUUGCUGAAGCUGCUGAUGUUGUCGGAGAACUUCUGCAGUGCGAUCCAAUUCAGCAAUCUACGUAG